AUGGAGUUUCGACCGAUUGAACUUCCAAUGAUUGAUCUUUCACCUUUAGAAGAUAAUCAUUUAGGUCAAAGUAAAGAAUUAACGAAAAUUGCCGAUGAUAUUAAUAUAGCCUGUGCACGUUUUGGAGUUUUCUAUGUAACCACAUCAUCUUUUCAACUUUGUGAUCAAAAUCAUAUAUUUGAAUCUUCUCGUCAGUUUUUUUCACUACCUGAAGAAAAAAAGAACGCAAUUCCUAUUAAACCUGGAGGUUUUACACGAGGAUAUAUAGGGCUGGGACAUGAAUCAGGCUCUCAUCGAUUUGAAGUUAAAGAAGCAUUUUCAUAUGGAUAUGAGUGGAAUCCUAAUGAACAACCUACAAAUUCAUUACAGGGACGAAACGAAUGGGGUGAUUUAGAAAAAAUUCUAGGUGAACAAUGGCGUAAUUCUUUAAAUAAAUAUUAUGAUAAGAUAGUAGCCAUUGCAGAGUUAGUGGUAAAAAGCUUAGAAAUGGCACUUGGUGUUGAAUUAAAAGGCCACUGUGUGGGGGGAGAAACCAUCUCAAUCAUGAGGUUAUUUAAAUAUUAUCCAUAUAACAAUGAAGGAGAUAACAAGACAGAAAAUAUUGGAAGUUCACCACAUACUGAUUGGGGUUUCUUAACAUUGGUGUUGCAACAAGAAAAUAUUCAAGGCCUCCAGUUAUUCUAUGAUGAUCAAUGGUGGGACAUUCCUAGUAAACCGGCAACAAUUGUCGUUAAUUGUGGGGACUAUCUUUCUCUUCUUACACGUGGGAAAUAUAUUUCACCGUUACACCGUGUUAUAAAUGAUGGAAAAAACGAACGAUAUUCUAAUGUUUUCUUUUACUACCCAAGUUAUAAUUCAAAAAUUCCAUUGAUUGCACAAAGCUCAAACGAAUUAAGUAUAUUUAAGGAUCAAACCGACAAUUCCAAAACACAUGAGAAUGAUAAGGAAGAGUUACUGGAUGUAUGCUUUGGAGAGUAUAUUACUCGCAAAUGGGAUCAAGUAUUUCGAUCGG